UUUGUUUUUAAGAACAAGUAAUUUAUUGUACUUCUUCAAUAUUUCCAUUUCAAUAAAAUAAAAUAAAAAUUCUCGAAUAUAACUCAAAUCUGGCACCAUAGAAAGCCCUCUUUUUGGAACACCAAGUCCUCUGACCUCUCUCUAGGGUUUCCAUCGUCGAUUGAUAUUAACCAUCGAAGAUGUUUGGGAGAGCACCUAAGAAGAGCGACAACACAAAGUACUAUGAAAUUCUUGGGGUUUCGAAGAACGCUUCACAGGAUGAUCUGAAGAAGGCCUAUCGUAAAGCCGCCAUCAAAAACCACCCUGAUAAGGGUGGUGAUCCUGAGAAGUUUAAAGAGCUGGCGCAAGCUUAUGAGGUUUUGAGUGACCCAGAGAAGCGUGAAAUUUAUGACCAGUAUGGUGAGGAUGCUCUCAAGGAAGGAAUGGGUGGUGGAGGAGGUGGACACGAUCCAUUUGACAUCUUCCAAUCUUUCUUUGGCGGUGGUAGCCCAUUUGGUGGUGGUGGUAGCAGCAGAGGCCGUAGGCAAAGAAGAGGAGAGGAUGUGAUUCAUCCCCUCAAGGUUUCUCUUGAGGACCUUUACAAUGGGACAUCCAAGAAGCUAUCCCUCUCACGGAAUGUAAUCUGCUCCAAGUGCAAGGGUAAAGGAUCAAAGUCGGGUGCUUCCAUGAAAUGUGCUGGGUGUCAAGGAUCUGGAAUGAAAGUCUCUAUCAGACAUCUUGGCCCAACUAUGAUCCAGCAGAUGCAGCAUCCUUGCAACGAGUGCAAGGGUACUGGUGAAACCAUCAGUGACAAGGAUCGCUGCCCGCAAUGCAAGGGUGAAAAGGUUGUAGGGGAGAAGAAAGUGUUGGAAGUCCAUGUAGAGAAGGGAAUGCAAAACGGACAGAAAAUCACAUUCCCGGGAGAGGCUGAUGAAGCGCCCGACACAGUUACAGGGGAUAUAGUCUUUGUUCUACAACAGAAGGAGCAUCCUAAGUUUAAGCGAAAGGGUGAUGAUCUAUUUGUUGAACACACCUUAACACUUACCGAGGCACUCUGUGGCUUCCAGUUUAUUCUGACUCAUCUUGAUAAUAGGCAGCUUCUCAUUAAAUCCCAACCUGGAGAAGUUGUGAAACCUGAUCAAUUCAAGGCAAUAAAUGACGAGGGAAUGCCAAUGUACCAGAGGCCCUUCAUGAAAGGGAAAUUGUAUAUUCAUUUCACAGUGGAUUUCCCAGAGUCCCUAGCACCGGAGCAGUGCAAGGCUCUUGAAGGUGUGUUGCCUCCAAGGCCUACAUUGCAGAUGAGCGAAAUGGAGUUGGAUGAAUGCGAGGAGACUACACUGCACGACAUUAACAUUGAGGAGGAGAUGCGUCGGAAGCAACAAGCUGCCCAAGAGGCAUACGAGGAAGAUGAUGAUAUGCACGGUGGUGGUGCCCAGAGAGUCCAGUGUGCUCAGCAAUGAGUGUUUGUUUGAGGAUGCGGUUGGAGGUCAGAGUUGUGUUUGUUUUAUAGAUUUAGCAAGACAAUAACAUUCUUAGGAAUGUUUUUCUGUUAUAUGCUUAUUUCUGGUUUUGGAAUUUUCUUAUUGGACACACAAACUGAUAAUCAAUGUAAGGUUUAAUCUUGGACCGGCUGUGGAAUGAAUGGAUAAAGGUAAUCAUUAUUGCUAUUGACAA